AUGCAUGGCAGUCUGAGCCUUCAGGUCACAUUGGCCUCCCAAAUGACAACUCUCCAAGCUUCUCCUGCCCUUGCGGUUCCCAUCACCAUCUCUGUCCAUAAUCCCGCGGACGCACCGAUGACACUACUCCGGUGGAAUAGUCCUUUGGAUUUGAGCGCCGGCUUGCUAGGAGUCUUUGAGGUCUGUGACACCGGUACUGGCCAGGCUGUGCCCGUCGACACCAUCAAGAUUUCACGGAAGCUGCCGGCUUCCUUGGAGGAUUUGGUGGAAAUCCCCGCGGGCCAAACUGUGAACCAGACAGUAAAUUUACCCGAGAUUCAACUCGAGGAAGGGCAUGAAUACUCCAUCCGCGCGCAGGGCAUAUGGCAUGCUGUGUGGGAUAUGCCAUUGGCAGAUGUGACUGCAUCCCAAUUGAACGAUUUAACGGGAUCAACACGUGGGCAGUUCCAAUCCAAUAUUGCCGUUGUCAAAGUCGAGUAA